GCUACUAAGAGGUAUUGGUGAUGAAUACUGUAUGAGGAUAAUGAUGGUCUCCCAACACCGUACAGCGUCGUCGUGCUCGACACAGUGUUGCUGCUGACGCUGCCGAGAGGUGUAUCACACUCAAGGGGUCAUGUUCACACAGGUGUACCCCGGGACCAUUCCGCGGUCCCUCCCUGGCCCGAGUGAUGUUUGGCUGUAUGCAGGGGCGCCACGAACGAGGAUAUUAAGAACCGCAUGCACUGAAGAGAACGAACUGCUAAAUGCCAACUCAAUCAAGAUGACCGAAGCCCCGUUUGGGAGAUCAGAUUCUGAGGAUGACAUCGUCGAAGACUACGAUGAUGUGAUGACGAUAAAGUCGACGUGUCUGCGAAACCGGACAGCCCUAGAGAAGGGUCUACUGGUCAUUGUGUUCCUAGCGCUAGUGGUCAUCAUUGGCUUGGCUGUAGGAUUGACCAGACCCAGGGUAGUUCCGGUGGAGACAUACUGCAAGACCCCCGCCUGUAUACAGGCAGCAAGCUCCAUCCUUAACGCCAUGGACCCCAGCGUCGACCCCUGCGACGACUUCUACCAGUACGCCUGUGGGGGAUGGGAGCGGCAGUCCCCAAUACCCCCGGGCUAUCAGAUGUGGGAUAGAUUCCAGGAGUUGUCUGGAAAGAACCUGUACGUGUUGAAGAAUCUUAUAGAAACCAACUCAAUGCAGGGUGAAGCUAUUGGUAAAGUGAAGCACUUGUACAGGAGUUGCAUGGAGGAGAGCGUCAUCAACCGGCAGACAACUCUUGACGACUUCCGGGCAAUCAUCAAGUCCGUCGGUGGCUGGUCACUUGACGAAGAUGACAGCGCUAGCUCAUCAUGGGACUUCGGUUCAGCUUUAGAGAGAAUCCACUCCUAUGGAGCCUGGCCACUUUUCCAUGUUAAGGUCGACAUUGACGAAAGGCACCCAACUGAAAGACAUAUUCUCAAGUUUGACAUCGGUCAGACAGUGCUGCCAUCCGAUCUAUUCCCCUCAAUAAAACAGAAUCCUGUCAAUCCAACCCCGUCUCCAUCAUCAUCCCCAUCUCCAUCCACCAACACGUCGAACACCUCGACACCAACCCCCACACCAACACCGACACAACAACAGCCAAAGAAGACAGUGGAAGAGGUAAAGAAGAUAUUUCUGGAGGAGACUGUCCAUAUUUUAAUGGCGUUUGGUAUGUCAAAGAAAAACGCUACUGAGAGAGCCGAAAAGUUGUUGGAUGUGGAAAUCGCCAUUGCUUCGGCUACACCAAACACGUUGCACUCACAUGACAGAAUGAGGCUAUACAACGUGAAAUCAAUAGCGGAACUGGAGAAAAAUUAUACUCUGACGCCGCUGAGUUGGCUUCAGUACUUGAAGAAGCUGAACUUCGUCGUCACCGAUGCAGACUACGUUGUGAUUCUUCAUCCGCACUACCUCACCAUCGUCACUCACAUCAUCGGGGACUACUUGUCGCGCAAGAAUACAACUCAGAUACUUAGAGACUACAUGGUUCUAUCGCUUGUGCGAUCUCUCAAGCCCUACUUUGAUCCCAAUACGUUUGAAGUGUAUGAAGAGUCGGGUGCAUUCAGGCCUCUUGAGAAAUUGAUAAUAGAAGAAGAAGAAGAAAUGAUUGAACACUGGAAGCGGUGUGCCUUCUACACGAAUUCCGCCAUGCAGUUUGCCACUGGGGCAAUCUACGUCAGCGGCACUGCUCAUGAAGAGAAUGCAGAAAAGAUUGAAGACCUGAUUGUAUAUGUAAAAAGUGCAUUCAAGGACUACCUGUUGAGAAAGUUCUGGAUGGACAAAGGCACCAGAACAAAGGCAUCAGAAAAGAUUGACCAUAUCAUAGACAAAAUCAGCUACCCCUUGUUUAUUCUCAAUGGUACUUUCCUGGAUACCUAUUAUACGAAUUUUGAGGUUGUCGGGGACUGGUUCAAGAAUAUUCAAGCAUGGCGGAAGUUCCAGCUGCAGCUUGCAAAUAAUCUGUUAAAAGAAAAACCCGACAGGAAAAAGAGCUGGCUUCGUCCCCCUGUCACAGUGAACGCUUUCUACUCCCCCACGAGGAACGACAUCAUCUUCCCCAUCGCCAUGUUCCAUCUUCCCUUCUACAUUCCAAAUGGACCAAAGUCCGUCAAUUUUGGUGCUAUGGGGUCCAUCAUCGGGCAUGAAAUUACACACGCAUUUGACAUACAAGGUCGACAGUAUGAUCGAGUGGGUCGACUGGAGGAAUGGUGGGAUCCCCAUACAGCUGCCAAUUUCGCAGAAACCACUAAAUGUAUGAAAGGACAGUACCGACAAUUCAACAGAGAUGGUUACAGGGUUAACGGGACCUUUACAUUAGAUGAAAAUAUUGCAGAUAAUGGAGGGCUGCGAGCGGCUGCCUUUGCAUAUCACAUGUGGGUGGAUGAGAAUAAAGAAGAGACGCCUCUCCCUGGGCUGAAUCUGACUCACAACCAGGUCUUCUUUGUUAGCUUUGCACAGAUGUACUGCUCAAAAUAUACGAAUUAUGGCUUAUUGCAUCAUUUAGUCACAGAUCCACACAGUCCAGGGUUUGCGAGGGUCAACGGCGUUUUAGAAAAUUUCAAGACAUUUUCUUGGGCAUUCGACUGUCCAAAUGCUGCAAAAAUGAACUCCAGAAUAAAGUGUGAAGUGUGGUAAUAUCGUAUCCAUGCUUUACGAACGUCAGAAAUAUGAACGCUACACGAUGCUUAAAACUGAUUAAGUAAACUUCAUUUGGACUUCACUCGUUUCCUUUAGUUUUAAUACUUACAUGAAAAUGGACAGCGAAUACAUUUUUAUUAGAAUUGAAGAGAUGAUAUGGCCAUGUAAAAAUAGAGAUCAAACUGAUAAACAAGAAAUUGUAUGGAUAUUAUGAGGUGUAGUGGCAUAUUUCCCAAGAUAUAUACGGCUAUGUUGGUUGGGGAUCUUUGAGAUUGUUUCAGCAACAUUAUAAAGUUUUCGCCAUGCAAUGCUCAUUAACUGCUUACGUAAAUCCUGGUUUUAAGGCAUCGUGCUAGCGCUCAUCUAAAGCAACAGCAUCAUGUGAUAUGCAGUCUUCAUGUCUUCCAGAACGAGGCCACCGCCAUAUUGCCUAAGCUAGAAAAUGACGUCACGUGAUGUUGAUUUAUGUAAAUGUGCGUCACGUGAUCGGUCAAGCCGUGGUCUGCAGUAUGUCCUAGUCCGUUGGCGCGAAUGUUAUGUGUGAUCUCUGUCUAUGCUUAUCUUAAAAAUAUUCUUGUUUAUGAAUGGUUUGGCCAUUUGUUUGUACCCUUCGGGUGAUAUACAAAAGCAUGAAAGAUGCUCCGUCAUGUGAUGUAGAAUUUGAUUAAGUUGAAAUGAGUAAUUUGAGGUUAUGUAAAUAGUAAUAAGGUUUAAACGGAGGUAUUUAGUUACCACAAAUUGGACCUUCUGAUGUAGAUAAUAGUGUUUUACCUAUUGUUGUUUGUGUUAACUCACAAAACGCAUUGUUUCAAUGUUGGUGUUCAUCAGUACAAUCUUGCUUUAAUCCUCCUUGUCCAGAGGUCAACGUCAACUUCACGUAAGUCUCGACUGACCAUGUUCGUGUUCAGUGCUAUGUGAUUUACACAGUAUAGAAUCAAUACGGGGCAAAAAAGUCCAUAGAUAUAUUUUCAUUUUUCGUAAAUUAUGUUUUACGAGAAUUUCAAUUUAUCGAUUUUCCUUCACAUAUUCAUCACACGAAUGAAAUGUUAUAAAAUUGUAAAUAAACUUUUUUCUUGAACAUGUUAACUUUGAUCAUUCAACAUGACAUUUGUACAUAGAAUUCACUAUAUGUCAGUUCUACUGUUACCGUAUAGUUUCUAGUUUAUGAACACUUAUCAUAUUUCCUAUGCAUGGUUGUGACCUCCAAAAGACCUAUUUUCCUACAACGAUAUGCAAUAUUAUAAAUGGAACGCGUUGCCAUGGCGACAAUAAGCUGAUGUCAUAAAUUAAACUGUCCUUGUUGCCAUGACGACACUGUUUCCAUGACACUUAGUUGACGUCGUCGUGACAUUAAGCUGUCCCACUAGCCAUAACAACACCUCACUCUUGUUUCCAUGACGACCUCUAGCUAUUCUUGUUGCCAUGACAACGUUAAAUUGGUCAUUUCGACGUUGAUCUUUCCUAGUUGCUGUAAUGUUUCAGUUUCAUAAUUGGUUAUCACUAUACUUUACAAUUCAUUUACCGUCUCGAAUGUUAUUGACAUUUUUCUUUAAUUCAUAUGAACUUUAAAACAUAUUGUACGUACAUGAGUUUCCAUGUUUAUACACAUUCUUGAUUGCUGUUUAUUGUAAAGCAAAACGUUCUUGAAAAUACAUGACUUUGAAGAUCUGUAUGCUUAUAAAAGGGAUAUGGUUUGUGUGUCAUUCGUAACUAUGCCAGGUCAGUUUGCAAGCAUUACAAGAUGCCGUUUACACUUCAGCGUGCAUCGUGUUGCAGUUAGUUUCCACUGAUAUCACCAUCAAGGCUUUCAGUAUUUCAUUGCGGAGUUUACUAUUAGCAAACAUUAUUAGAGAGUCAUAUUACAAUGAUUUUAAGACACCUUUGUGAGAGCGUAUCGUGUAUGAGUGAGUGUGAGAGGAUGAUAUUGGUUGUUAUAUAAGGUUAACAUUUUUUACUUCAAAUAAAUGCUAUUUUUAUUAAA